AUGGCCACAGAAACGAUCACCGUCGCUGCUCAUCCGCCGUCGCUCUUCCUGGACCUGCCGCCGCCACCGGUGAGCUCGGCAGGUCCAUUCGCCCUCGAGGCAGAGUACAAGACCGAUUCGGAUGAACACAAGGUCAACCUUAUUAUCGGAGCUUAUCGCGACGAAGAUGGCCGGCCGUGGUCUCUCAGCUCGGUUACUGAGGCGAGUUCCCUCUCCCACACCCCCACCCCAGCCGGCGAGUCUACCAACACUAACACCACCAACCUCGCUCGACAGGCCAAGUCGUCUCUCAACGCCGUGAACAGUCUCCACGAGUACCCGCCUCUCCGUGGCGAUGGCGAAUUCCUCGAAGGUGCCAGACGUCUCGUCUUCGGCGACAAGCUGGUAGAGCAACACGCCCAGCGGCUGUCUUCGAUUCAGACCGUGUCGGGGACAGGCGCCAACAGCCUUGUUGCAAAGUUCGUACAGAAGAAUGCACGCGCCUCGGCGAUUUGGCUGUCCGACCCUACCUGGAUCAACCACGCCGACAUCUGGCACGACAAUGCCCCCGGUGUCAAGGUCCGGGAGUACCCCUAUUACAACGCCGUGACGAGGUCGUUCGACUUCGACGCCAUGAUGGCCUGUCUUGAGUGCAACGCUCGCGAGGACGACGUCAUUCUUCUACACGCCUGCGCUCACAACCCGACGGGUCUCGAUCCCUCAAAGUCGCAGUGGGGGGCAAUCGCCGACCUCUGCCAGCGAAAGAAGCUUUUCGUCGUCUUCGACCUCGCCUACCAAGGGUUCACGUCCGGCGACCUCGCCAAAGACGCCUGGGCCGUCAGGUUCUUUCUCGAAUCGUCGCCUCUCGAGUUCGCCGUGUGCCAGUCCUUUUCCAAGAACCUCGGCCUCUACGGCGAACGCGUCGGGGCACUGCACAUCGUCGUGUCCCGCACCGGGCCCUCGACGGGCCCGGCUGUCGAAAACGCCCUGAUCGACAUCCACCGCGCCUCCGUCUCCGUCGCGCCACUCUUUGGGUGCCGCGUAGCAGUCGAGAUCUUCCGGAGCAGGCAGCUCCAGGAGCUUUGGGCAGCCGACCUUGUCGCAAUGAGCACCCGCAUCCGCAAGAUGCGUGAAGCCCUCUACGAAGAGCUCGUGCGACUGGGAACACCGGGGAACUGGGUUCAUAUUGUGCGACAAUCGGGCAUGUUCUCGUACACCGGGCUGGGUCCGGAGCAGGUACGACGGCUACGGGAGUAUGACCAUGUCUACAUGCUGCCAUCGGGGAGGCUGUCCGUCUGUGGGCUUACGAGUGCCAACGUCAAGUACACGGCCCAGGCUAUACAUCGUGUCGUGGUGCUUUCUGCCUAG